UCGAGCAAGGACAAUUCAAGAGGACGAAAAACAACGGAUGGAGCAAGAACAACGAAUCCUCUAAGCCAGCGAACAACGGGAAGAAUACGGCGGCCAGGUCCGAGGAGCGAAAGCCUUGCGCAAAGUGCAACUCAAGACGCCACACCACGGACGGAUGUUGGUGCACGGACCGAACGCAAUGCCACAAGUGCGGAGGAAGAGGCCACGUUCAAGCCGCAUGUCGAAAUGCUAGAUCCUCCAAGAUAA